UAUAUUUUUGGUUAAUAGAAUACACGCUUUUUAUAUUUUUGGUUAAUAUAAUGUUUCCUAUUAAUUGGAUUUUGGACCAAUAAUUUUUUUCAAUUGAUUCUUAAACUUCCACAUAAGCUAAAUUGUCAUCCUAAUUUAGUGUCACAUAAGCAAGAUUUCUUUUUAAUUAGUAUAAACUUAAGGUUACAACUUUUUAAAUGAUCCAGAGGAUCUCGGAAGAUUUAUGACUUGGAAAUUUUAUAGUGAUACGGUUGAAGAUAAUAAAUGUUGUCAGACAUAAAAAUAAAAGUGGCAUAGGUUGUAAUUAUGAAAGAAAAUCAAAGAUAAAAUCAUAGGAUAAUUUUAUUUUAAUAGUAUAGAGAUUAAUAAUAAUAUUGUAUAGUUAGAGAAAAUAAAGAUAGUACUAAAAAUAUUAAUGAGUAAGUGCAACAACUUUUUGUAACUAGAUUUUUGAUGAUUCUAUUUUAAUAGCAUAGAUAUUACAGUAUUAUAUAUGACUUUCAGGAAACUAUGUCUUUCAACCGUUCUUUACUGAUUUUUUCACCCAUCACUACUCUAUUUUUAAUUUAUGGCAUCGGGAAAACAAAAUAGAAGAAAGCAGAAAAGGGUGUUUAAAAAAAUACUUAUGAUUACAUUUGGUGGUAAAUCUGCUUUGUUAAAUCCAGUAUAAAAUCAAUUAUUGAAUUCAUAAACUAUAAAGUUGUGAACUAAAUAUACAAAUUAUCACUAAGGGAUUUGCCACACGCUCAUAAAUCACGCGCGUACUUCCCCACCUAUUUAUUAUGAAAAGCCUCAGUAAACUAGUAAAGUGAAUUGUGAAGGAUUACAGAGAGACAGAGAGAGAUGGGUAAUUCCGACGCCAGAGAUCGUCUUCCUGCUCCAUCUUCUUCAGACGAACUCUCGAGCAUUCUCCGGCAGGUACUUUCCCGUACUCCUCCGACUGCUCAACCUUCUUUCUCACGGAAGAAAAUCGUUUCCUCCGGUGAGAUGUUCAACCGAACGUUCCCUCUCGUUCACGGCGGAGCGGUUUCUUACGCCGCUUGUGCAGUCUCUGAAACUGAGGAAGGAAAAUGUGCUUUCGAGAACCAGGUAAACUUAACAAUGUUAGUUGCCGUGAAACUACACUCGCUUUGUAUUGCAGAUAGGAGGAGCAAGAUCAACGAGAAAAUUAAAGCUUUACAGAAACUGAUACCCAAUUCCAACAAGACAGAUAAGGCCUCAAUGUUUGAUGAAACUAUAGAAUAUUUGAAACAGCUUCAACUUCAGUUUUCAACUUUGGGUUUCGGGCAAGCGCACUAAGGGGUUGAUUGGUAAGUGCUAUCAUUUCAUUUUUUGACUGUAGAAAUAUUGCUGUGGUUUUUAUUGCUUUGGCUUUAGAUUUUUAAUUUUUAAAAGUCUUUAAAUAUGGGCUGUAGGUUUUUGUCUCUGCAGAGAAAUUGUAAAGACAUAAUUUCAAAGAAGUGCUGUGGAUUUUAUAAAAAGACUGUGAACUUAAAAAAAAAUAGAAAUCAAGAUUGGUGUAGAUUUAGUGUUCUAGAAAGAAAUGAGGCUGUAGAGAGCACUCAUCACUACCAAUCACACCCUAAAAAGAGUUAUGUUCCCUAAUAAGAAAAAAGGAAAGCGGUUACGCGUAAAAUGCCAAGAUAUAUAGAUAUCAUCCCACUAAUAAAAAUAUUUAUUAUUUAUGUAUGAUGCGAAUAAGACAGUCAUCUAUACUAUUAUUUACGAAGUGAUUUACCUUAUGUGUCAGCUUCUCCAUAUUUUUAGGUUUUUUCGCUUAUUUGUCAAUAUUUAUUUAUUAUGUUAUAAUUGUUUUAUUUUUAAACUUAUCUGUUAUAUUUUAAAAUAUUUUUAGUUGGUUAUUGUAAAAUACUAUUUGAGAAUUAAAUUUGUUGAUUUGUCAUGUUUUCUUUUUUUUUAGGUAAUUGUUUUUAUUUUUCAAGUUUUUAUUAGGUUUUAGCUAAAUUAUUAAUUUUUUAUUUAUUUUUAGUUAAGUCACUAAUUUAUUAAUUUUAAAAAUAUCCUUACUGAAUC